AAGACCAAAAAACAAGCUUUCAAAGUCAGGCGUCAGACAGCCAUUGAACAUGACGAACAUUUUGAACCAGGCCAGGAAGUAAAAGUAUCAGAGGAACAUAAACAAUUGAAUAUGAAGGCUUCACUUGGACUAAUGAUGGAAAAAACUGGUUCCAAAGAAGACACUGGACAAAAAAUUGACACACCGCAAGGGACAGCUGAAACAGACCUAAAAAGCAAACUUAUUGAAGAUGUAGCUGAGGGUAAAAAAAUGGCUGUGACUGACAAAAGCCAAAUUUCAACACAAGUCGUAGGGGAUGAACGUAAAAGUGACACAGACGCAAAAAGAAAACCUACCAAGUCUAAAGGCAUUAUAAUAGGAAAAGAUAAGUUAACUUUCACUACUGUUGAAGAUAAAAUGUUUGAAGUGGCACCUCUGAAGGAAACAGAAUUCGAACAAAGACCAAAACAAGCUAAAAAGAUGCUUAAAAAUGAAAAAACAGGUGGUGCCCUAGAAAAAUCAGAGGAAUCUUCACCACAAAUAGGAGAAAAAACUCAGACGUCUGGUGAGGGAAUCCAGGCAAUCACGGUUGCAGUUCAAGACAAAUAUGAAAGUGUACAACCUUUAGAAAUAGCGGAAAGAAACCAGAUCACACAAGCAUAUAAAAUUGAAGAAGAAACACAAGAAAAGGGAACUGACGAAACUAAGCCAUACAUAGCAGAUGACCAGAAGAAAAUCAGGAAAUCAGUUCAAUUAGAGGAAAUGAAAAACAAAGAAACAGAAGAAAUGUUUUUAGAUGUAGACAAAAUUACAUUAGAAGCUCAAGAUUUAGACAUAACAACAGUUAGGAGUGAGGAAAUAAGACCAACCAUGACUGAACUGACAGCAACAAUUAUUACAGUUAGAAAUGAAUACGGCAGUGUUAUACCAUUCACAGAAACCAAGGACGAAGAACAUCUAAGAAAAGAUCAGGAAACAGAACACAAAAUGGUAGAGUGUCUCAGUCAACAAAUCUUAGAAUCAGAAAAGGGAAAGGAAUGGUUUGUAGAGACUAGUGCACAACAAAGCAUUUUAACAGAUACAAAAGUUACUGAAACCAAAGACGAGAAGAAAUUUGACAAAGCCGAGAAAGCCAAAGAACGAAGACCACAGUUACCUAAAAUGGCAGAAAACCAAUCAAGAACGGUCAUAGUCAAGCAUGAAUAUGGCACAAUAACACCAAUGGAAGCAUCAGAGCUACUUGAAAGGAAAGUGACUACAAUCAUGGGAGGUGCCUCAGAAAGUUCACAGGACUCUUAUCAACAAUAUUUUAAGCCAGAUGAAAGAUUUGAAGAUGCUACAGCUCAAACUACAGAAAUAGGUGAGAUGUCAGGAGAAGUGAAAGAAGAUGCAAAGGUAGCUCAAGCAAAUGGCGGAACAGUUAGGUCAAGUGUAGACAAAUUCCUUGUCAAAAAGGAGAAGGCUGAUUUGAUGGAAGAGAAUAUCCCUAAAGAACAAAUCGAAAGAAAGGCUCUGAUUGCAUCACAGCCUGAAGUGACCCAUAAAUCAUCUCUGAUAGAGCAAGAAGCUUUAGUACAUGCAUUAGUGACUGAGCAAAUUUUAGAUGUUCCUUCAAGUGAUGUAAAAACCAGGCAGAAAAUUGUAAAAAAGACCACAGAAGCAAAAGAUGUCGAGACUAGGGAAAUUCAAUCUACCGAUAAAAAGUUACUCCAAUCAAGGACAGUUACAGUUGAAAAUGAAUACGGGUCUGUUUCUCCUUUAGACUUGCCAUAUGAAGAAGUUGAGAGGAAAGUUUAUCUUGCUCUGGUAACAGAUGUCAAAGCAAAAUCAUCUCAGGAAACUCUGCAACAAGGCACUGAAAAAGUGGAGGAAAGAAAAGCAGAUGCGGUUCCAGUUCAAUUUAAUGUAGAGAAAGAGAAGAAAGCUGAGCAGGAUAUUAUUAAGUCUAAAAUAACACCUGAGAUGUCUUUAUUGGAGCAAGAAUCAACAUUAGGUACAGAAAAAUCACACAAAGAAAGACCCAGCAAAGAGGAAACCAACAAAACUACAAAAGUUCAAAGCAAGAUAUCAAAAUCUGCAACAGCUGAACUGAAGACGGUUACAGUUCAUGAUGAGUAUGGUUCUGUCACUCCACUGGACACAGAAUUUGAAAUAGCUGAAAGAAAGGUUUUGACACAAGCAUCCCAAAGAGUUCAACAAGAAGAUGUGAAUUUAGAAACAAAACCAAAGAUAGAAGACAUUUUGGAAACUAAAGAGGAAAAGAAGACACAAGAAAAAAUCAAAAAGAAAGACUUAGACCAGGUUUUAGAUAUUGAAGAUGAAGAUGUGGAAACCAGUGAGAAGUCUGAGGCGAAUUCAGUCAAAGCGAUACAGUCCCAAACAGUUAUAUUACGUGAUAACUACGGUUCAGUUGCACCAUUAGAAUCAACGUAUGAACAAGUUGAAAGAAUCAUUUAUGAAAUGGAUGUUCCAACACAAAGAUCUCAGCCGGUUCAACAAAAUGUGAAAGUAGAAGCAAAAAGAAAGAUUAUGGAACAAGGAGAACCUAUAGAGGACUUUUCAGUAAUGAAGCAUGACAGGAAGGAGCAAGAAAAAAACAAAGAAUCAGUUGAUCAAGUUUCAGCUAUUGCCACUGAAGAUGUCAAAUCCAGCCAGAAGCUAGAGGCAAAAGUAAAAACAAUCCAAUCACAAACUGUCAAAAUACAUGACGAUUAUGUUUCAGUAGCUCCACUGGAAUCGGCAUUUGAACGAUUUGAAAGAAAAGUCACACUAGCUCCUGACAUGGAUGAUGCCGCACAAAAAUCCCAGAGAGUUCAACUAGAAGAACCCAAACUUGAUACUCAACAAACACUUAAGAAACAAGAUGUAAUCACUGAUGUGUCUUCAGCCGAGCACGAAAAGGAGCAACAGGAAAAAAUCAAACAAGAUAAAGUUACUGUGACUGGAGAUGUGGAAAUGACUCAAAUUAAGAAAUCAAAAACUACAAAACUCAAAUCUUGCCAGGCCCAAAUAGUUACAUUGCAUGAUGAAUAUGGUUCAGUUGCUUCACUGGACUCAACAUAUGAACAAGUUGAAAGAAAGGUUUCUUUAUUUCCUGAAACAGAUGAAAUGGAUGCAACACAAAAAAUCCAAACAAUGAAACGAGAAGAAGAAAAAUCUGACGCUCAACAAAUAAAAAUUAAACAAGGUAAACAGCUUGAAGACAUUUCAGCAACAAAGCAAGAGAAGGUGGAGCAAGGACUUGCAAAGACAGAAUCUGUAGAUCAGACUGCAGCUCUUGCCACUGAAGAUGUCAAAACAAGCCAAAAGUUCGAGGCGAAAGAAAAAGUUAAAACAGUUCAGUCCCAAAUAACCACACUGCAUGAUAAAUAUGUUUCGGUUGCUCCACUGGAAUCUACGUUUGAAAGAAUUGAAAGAAAAGUCACUGUGGCUCCUGAAAUGGAAUGUUGCCGCACAAAAAUCCCAGACAGUUGAACUAGAAGAAGUCAAAUUAGAUACUCAACAAACAAUUAAGAAACAGGAUGUAAUCACUGGCAUAUCUUCACCUGAACAUGAAAAGAAGCAGGAACAAAUCAAACAAGAUCAAGUUAUUGCAGCUGAAGAUGUGGAAACUACUCAAAUUAAGAAAUCAAAAACUACAAAACUCAAAUCUUACCAGGCCCAAACAGUUACAUUGCAUGAUGAAUAUGGUUCAGUUGCUUCACUGCACUCAGCAUAUGAACAAGUGGAAAGAAAGGUUUCUUUAUUUCCUGAAAUGGAUGUUGCAACACAAAAAUUCCAAACAAUCAAACCAGAAGAAGACAAAUCUGACACUCAGCAAAUAAAAAUUAAACAAGGUAAACAGCUUGAAGACAUUUCAGCAACAAAGCAAGAGAAGGUGGAGCAAGGACUUGCAAAGACAGAAUCUGUAGAUCAGACUGCAGCUAUUGCCACUGAAGAUGUCAAAACAAGUCAAAAGUUAGAGGCGAAAGAAAAAGUUAAAACAGUUCAGUCCCAAAUAACCACACUGCAUGAUAAAUAUGUUUCGGUUGCUCCACUGGAAUCUACGUUUGAAAGAAUUGAAAGAAAAGUCACUGUGGCUCCUGAAAUGGAUGUUGCUGCACAAAAAUCCCAGACAGUUGAACUAGAAGAAGUGCAAUUAGAUACUCAACAAACAAUUAAGAAACAGGAUGUAAUCACUGGCAUAUCUUCAACUGAACACGAAAAGAA